CGAGCGGCGGGUCUGGCGCGGGGCUGCCCGCCUCUGCUGCCCCAUGGCGUCGAGGCAAGGAACGCGCACGGCGCGGGCCGGGCCGGGCCUCCUGCUGCUGCUCCUGCUGCUGCUGCCGGGCCCGGCCGGAGCCUGGUACAAGCACGUGGCCAGCCCGCGCUACCACACGGUGGGCCGGGCGUCGGGGCUGCUGAUGGGCGUCCGGCGCUCCCCCUACCUCUGGCGCCGGGAGGAGGCCGGCGGCGAGCUCCGCGCCAGCCCACCGGUGGACGUGCCCCCGCCGUGGCUGCGCCUGCAGCUGCAGCCCUGGGCCGCGCCGGAGCCGCCCCGGCCGGAGGGGCGCUGGGGGCGCGACGUCCUGGAGAGGCUUCCCGUGCGCCCCGGCCGGGCGGCGGGCCUGGCCGCCUUCCGGCCGGGUUGCCCGGCAGCCGAGGAGGCCUGGCCCGGUCGCGCCCUCGAGCGGUCCCUGCGGAAGCAGACGCCGACCGACGGGGAGCAGCAGGCGCUGCCGGGCAGUAUUUUCGGACCGGAGAUGUGAUUUCAGGUGAAGCCAGUGUCCUGUGGGAGGAAUGGCCCAGCAAAUGCCACCAGAGGGCCACGGAAGUUGAUUCUGGAAGUGGAGUGUGAGCAAACGGCGGAGCGGCUUUCCCGG